AUGAAGGGCCCCCUCAAUAUCCGGAAGCCCGAAGAGCACCGCCGAGAGUUGGAAAAGGUCCAGAAAGUUUACCAAGGUGGUCGUCAGAAGGAUCAAGUUCAAGUCCACUUUCCGACUGGCUCUUUGACCGAGAUGAUAGGGCGGAACCCAUUUUCGAGCCAUGGUCAAUUGCAAAGGCGGAUGAUUCGAUCUUUUCUGCGUAUAGGAGCGACACGCAAAUCGACAAUGGACCACAUGCAAGACGCCUUGGAAAUACUCAAAUCAGUUCCCUUGAUUGACGGGCAUAAUGACUGGCCUCAUCUCAUCCGUGGUUUCUACGAUAAUCGGCUCGAUGAACGCUUCGACUCUGGAAGGAGUCUAGUGGGCCAUGUUGAUUUGGAACGAUUACGAAAAGGGAUGUCAGGGGGUGCAUUUUGGAGCGUCUACGUAGACUGCCCAGCAACGGAUGACUUCGCGGAUGAUGCCUCUCAUUUCGAAGCACUGAGGGACACCCUGCAGCAGAUUGACUUGGUGUACCGACUUGUUGAUCUAUAUGCGGACUCCAUGGGCAUUAUUGAGAAAUCCUCUGAUAUCAUGCCUCUUUUCCAAUCUCGCAAAUUUGUCAGUCUCAUUGGAGUGGAAGGACUCCAUCAGAUUGCCAACAGUCCCAGUGUACUCCGCUUGUACCACAGACUUGGUGUCCGCUACAUCACCCUGGCGCAUACUAAGAACAAUCUCUACGCAGAUAGUGCUACAUCGAGUUUUCCGGUGCACGGAGGAUUAUCAGAGAAAGGCAUCGCUAUUGUCAGGGAAAUGAACAGAGUCGGACUGAUAAUUGAUCUUUCGCACACCAGCGAAGCAGUGAUGCAGCAGGUGCUCGAUUUAUCAGAGGCUCCUGUCGUCUUCUCGCAUUCCGCCGUGGCUUCCAUUGUACCUCACGUUCGAAAUGUCUCCGACGAAAUCUUGCAUAAAUUGAAAACAAACAACGGCGUGAUAAUGAUUACCUUCAUACCCUCACUCAUCCACGUCGACGCAUCAAAAGCAAGCAUCGACCACAUCGUUGAUCAUAUCAUGUAUGUUGGCGGCCUUAUUGGUUAUGACCAUAUUGGACUUGGGUCCGACUACGACGGCAUGUUUAGCGCAGUCAAAGGAGUUGAGGAUGUUGCCCAAUACCCAUUCUUGGUGGCCCAAAUGCUUGAGCGCGGGAUAGCCAGGUCGGAUAUUGAGAAAGUACUUGGACACAACGUGAUACGCGUAUUGAAGGAUGUUGAAGCUCAGGCUAUGAUAUGCAAAGCCCGUGAUCCUGUAUUACAGGAAGGAGUCAAGCAGCUGUGGAACGAUAACUUCCGGGCAAUGGUAGAACAGACAUAUCCGAGGGCCGAAAAGAGUCUCUCUACAAAGCGCUUGAAUGUAUCAUAG